CGAUUUCCUAAGUAAGGAGCGUCAAUCUCUUGACCAUGACAUUAUAUUGCCGGUUGGAGUGGACGUACAUCGUAUAUAGGGUCGCUCUCGUUCUUAGCAAGUUCGCCCACCAUCGCGCGAUUUCGCCGGGAAUGUCCACGCAGGUCUCAACAUCGUCUUCAAAACACAGCCCAUGGCAAACCAUCAGGGCGCAUCUCAACUUUUUCCGCAUACAUGUUAUAUUUUUUACUUUGACGCCCCUGAUAUUCUCCGGAAUCCUUUAUGCUAGCAAUGGCAAGUAUCCAGUUGCAUACAUUGAUGCACUAUACAAUUCAGUCAGCGCGAUGACCGUCUGUGGUCUCGCGACUGUGAACUUGAGCCAGCUUACCGCUUGGCAGCAAGUGUUGUUAUUCAUCCAGAUGUGUAUUGGAAACCCAACAUUCGAUCAUAUUAUUGGGGUAGAGGCUGCCCAACAGGCCGCGAUCAAGGUGGAACAGCAGCUCGCCACUGCGUCUCUGUCUGCAGGGAAUCCUGUCGGCAGCAAAGGCGGGUGGUCCCGCCGCUUCUUCCGAAGGAAGACCGGCCUUAGUACGGUGCCGGAGGAUUCUGCUAGCGGUGAUGCUCGAACGGCACCGAGGGACAGCGCAAAGAAAUUGAGGCCCGAUAUGAUCAGGCGCAUGGAUGGACAGCCCAAACCGGUCAACCCGAGCGGACGGAUCACAGAAAUCGGAGAACAAGGGCAAGGGCCCUCUCCUCAUCAACUUGCGUUCGCCGAUGAAAUAACUCAGUCUCCGACGCAGCUUGAGUUUGAGAAUGAUGUCGAGAUCAAGAACCUACAUGUAGAAACUGUCAACGCGGGGCCUGCGGAUCUGAAAAGAAACGCCUCUGAGCGCGCACGUCGUCUUUCCGAUUCAGUAAAUCUUGGGGAACCUUCAAAUUGUGGGCCUGAAGCGGGUCAGGGUGCUGUAACGUCAGCUGCAUCGACUGGAAUGCCUCGGACAGCAACUAUCGAGUUUGCACCCACUGUUUCUCCUUCAUAUCCCCCUCUCUUUCCUGUCGGUAGCCGGACCGGUCACUCGGAUUCCCCUGAAAUUUUAUCAGAUAUUUCAGUUUCAGGGUUCUCUACUCCCCGCCGUCGUCGUCGCCGUUCUUCCGCAGUCCCCCAACAUUCGCAUGUGCCAUUAGCACAGCACCCAACCAUUCAGACACAUCGAUCUAGCGAUACUAGGCGCGUAUCGAAUUCGCAUCAUUUCGACCCACCGCAGGAGCAGAUGCUACGGGGGUUCGGGGGGUUUCCUAUGCCGCACGAGCUGCUGGGGAUGCUGUUUGGUUGGCUGUUUCCUAAUACCAACAAUAGACUGAAGAGAACUGUAACGAUUCCCGUUACUACUACACUGGCAGGCGGUGGGCUGGGACGGACUAUGAGUGGCGCUGCGAGUAUCCCUGGGAGGCCAACACACGGCGGAAGCAUUAGCGCUAAGGAAGGUACGAAGCCUGUAACGUAUAUUUCGUUCGACGCCGUCGUUGGGCGGAAUUCUGCGUUUCAUUUUUCGACCAACGAGCAGCUUGAGGAGUUGGGUGGAGUUGAAUAUCGGGCGCUGAACGCGCUGCUUUGGUUAGUUGCAUCUUAUCACAUGGCCGUACAAUUGGUUUCCUUCGUGGUGAUCGCUCCUUACAUGUCAUUGCCAAAGUGGGCAAGCAAUUUCGAACCUCCUGCCCAAUUUAGAAUAAUCACGGUUCCUUGGUUUUCAUUGUUCCAAGUCGUAUCGGCGUACACAAAUACCGGAACUUCUCUUGUCGACCAGAGCAUGGUGCCCUUCCAGACAGCCUAUCCAAUGAUCUUUUUUAUGAUCUUUUGUAUUUUGGCUGGUAACACUGCAUUUGUGAGUGUCAGAAGUUGGAUCAUCACAAAACUCGUACCGAGGGAUUCUCGACUGAAUGAAACGCUGCAUUUCCUCCUGGAUCAUCCCCGCCGAUGCUUUGUUUAUCUUUUCCCUUCAUAUCAAACUUGGUUUCUCCUUACGAUUCUGGUCAUUAUGAACCUUACAGACUGGUUUUGCUUUUUGGUCCUUGAUAUUGGUAAUCCUGACAUCGAUUCCAUACCUUUAGGAACAAGAGUUGUUGCUGGACUGUACCAAGCUAUUGCUGUUCGUGCCGCGGGGUUUGGAAUAGUUCCGCUUGCCAGAAUAGCUCCCGCUGUAAUUAUGAUGCUUAUUAAUCUAGUGUCCGCUCGACAAACGUCUACGAAGAGACAAUCCCUGGGUAUAUACGAUGAUGAUGAUUCGAAGGAUGAAAAUGCCUUUUCAACCGCAGGCCCAAGGAUGACGGUAUGGUCUCGGUACUUGGCCAUGCAUGCACGUCGACAACUGGCAUUCGACAUGUGGUGGUUGUGUCUGGCGCUGGUGUUAAUUUGUAUCAUAGAGCGCGGAAACUUGGAUAACACAGAGAUACAGGGCUGGUUCAAUAUCUUUACUAUCAUUUUUGAAUUAGUCUCAGCAUACGGCACUGUCGGUCUCAGUCUUGGGAUACCUACCGAAAAUUACUCGUUUUCCGGUGCCUUGAAGCCUCUUUCAAAGCUCAUAUUAUGCCUCGUCAUGCUUCGUGGGCGACAUCGUGGUCUCCCAGUAGCCAUCGACCGCGCAAUCAUGUUCCCCUCCGAAUUUCAAAAGACGAACGACGAGCCGCCCGUCCCUGUCAUGCAUGAUGACAGGCAAUCAAGUCCCCACAGCGAGUUUCUGCAUACUCGCGACCCCCUUCCAAAAGAGGACGGUCUCGCUUCCAGCAACGAAGGCCCAAUUACAUACAGGGACGACUGAAGGAAGAUGAGAAGCGGAGUGGCAGCUAUAAUGCACUUGUUGAGCCUGGAAGGCAAAACGCGGGGACGGAAGUAUCUAGUAUGAUCCUAUGCUCGCACCACGGUAACGAGUUAACUUUGCCUUCUACUACCCAGAUCCACUAUCAGACAAAUGGCACGGUGCCACAUAGACAUAACAGGACAUUGAUAAGUGCGUUCUUCAAAAAUCUACAGGGCCGAGUUAAGAUAGACCUCCGAGGAUCU